UGGGCAUCUUUUAUUGGUUCCUCACCAUCGCCCACUAACCGACGAACCCAUCGAUAAAUGUUCUUGAGAAGAGUAGCUGUCGCCGGGAAGCGGUCAAUGUCAGCCAUGUCGCAAUCCAUGACUCCGAUGGAAGAUGCUCUGCGGGCAAAGAUCACAGACGCGCUGAAGCCAACUGCACUUGAGGUCUUCAACGAUUCACAUAAACACGCACAUCACAAAGCCAUGCAAGGAUCAACAAGCAGAGAGACUCACUUCCGUGUCUUCAUCACAUCUUCAGCCUUCCAAGGCAAGAUGCAGGUUGCGCGCCACCGCAUGGUCAAUUCGCUCAUGAAAGACGAGAUGGCUCAAGAAGGUGGAAUCCACGCCCUUCAGCUCACGACGCGGACUCCAGAAGAGGAGGAGAGUAGACGGCAGAAAGAGGCAGCGCAGGCAUGAGACCUGACAAUGGAUGACUUCAGAUACCCAAAGACACUUGGAGCAGACUUGUACAACAUUGAUUUCACUUGCAUUAAGUGAGAACUAAAAGAAAGGGCUGCAUCCCUUGAGACUAACGAGUGACGGGGGUUUAGCUAAGUAAAUCAUUCCCAUAUCGGCCAGUCACCGCUUCUUACAUCGCAAUUUUCGUCACUUUCCCAGCCCUGUUUAACCAGUCCAAGAAACCUAUCAAAUCAGUCAAUAACGACUUUCCUACUGUCACACGCGAAACGUACCUUUCAGCUAUCCCGUCCAUCACACGGCCCUUCCGUCUUCACACAGCUCGUCCUUCUACCCAA